GGCCGAGAGGCGUGGGUGGGGAGCAGUGGGGCCAGGCCAGAGACAGCUGCGCUGUGCGGGCCCCUAGUCCUAGUACUCCCAGUCGGUCGCGGGCCGACAGGCAUCACCUGAGCGCCUGCUGGGUGAGUUGGACGGUGCAGAGCAGCGAGGACCGCGGAGCCCGAAGGUGGAGGCUGCGUUAGCCCUAGGGGCUCUUAUCACGCGAUGGCAUCCACUGUGGAAGGAGGCGACACAGCUCUGCUCCCAGAAUUCCCCAGGGGGCCCCUCAGUGCCUACCGAGCAAGAGCGUCCUUCAGCUGGAAGGAGCUGGCGCUGUUCACGGAAGGGGAGGACGUGCUCCGCUUUAAGAAAACCAUCUUCUCAGCUCUUGAGAACGACCCUCUUUUCGCUCGUUCCCCUGGAGCCGAUGUGUCCUUGGAGAAGUAUCGCGAGCUGAACUUCCUUCGAUGCAAGCGGAUCUUCGAGUAUGACUUCCUCAGUGUUGAAGACAUGUUCCAGAGCCCUCUGAAGGUCCCCACCUUGAUUCAGUGCCUGGGGAUGUAUGACUCUUCUCUGGCUGCCAAGUACCUCCUCCAUAGCUUGGUUUUUGGAUCAGCAGUUUACAGUUCUGGUUCUGAAAGACAUCUCACAUAUAUUCAAAAGAUCUUCAGGAUGGAGAUUUUUGGAUGUUUUGCUCUGACCGAAUUAAGCCAUGGCAGUAAUACCAAGGCCAUUCGCACGACUGCCCACUACGAUCCUGCCACUGAGGAAUUCAUCAUACAUUCCCCUGAUUUCGAAGCUGCCAAGUUUUGGGUUGGCAACAUGGGCAAGACAGCCACUCACGCGGUGGUGUUUGCUAAGCUGUACGUGCCGGGGGACCAGUGCCAUGGGCUGCAUCCCUUUAUUGUGCAGAUCCGGGACCCGAAGACCCUUCUUCCCAUGCCUGGAGUGAUGGUCGGCGACAUAGGAAAAAAACUCGGGCAGAACGGUCUGGAUAAUGGUUUCGCCAUGUUCCACAAGGUCAGAGUUCCUCGCCAGAGCCUUCUGAACCGGAUGGGAGACGUCACCCCCAAGGGCACCUAUGUCAGCCCCUUUAAGGACGUCAGGCAGCGCUUUGGAGCGUCCCUGGGGAACCUGUCCUCGGGCCGGGUCUCUAUCGUGAGCCUGGCCAUCCUUAACCUAAAGCUGGCUGUGGCCAUCGCUCUUCGCUUCUCAGCCACUCGGCGUCAGUUUGGACCCACAGAGGAGGAGGAAAUACCAGUGCUUGAGUAUCCAAUGCAGCAAUGGCGCUUGCUUCCAUAUCUGGCAGCUGUCUACGCCUUAGACCACUUCUCCAAGUCGCUCUUCCUGGACCUGGUGGAGCUCCAGCGAGGACUUGCAUCGGGAGACCGCAGCGCCAGACAGGCAGAGCUUGGACGUGAGAUCCACGCCCUGGCAUCGGCCAGCAAGCCUCUGGCCUCGUGGACCACCCAGCAAGGAAUUCAGGAAUGCCGGGAGGCGUGUGGAGGACACGGCUAUCUGGCCAUGAACCGGUUGGGUGUCCUUAGAGAUGACAACGAUCCCAACUGCACAUACGAAGGUGACAACAACAUCCUGCUGCAGCAGACAAGCAACUAUUUGCUGGGCCUCCUGGCACACCAGGUCCAGGAUGGAGCUUGCUUCCGCAGUCCGCUGAAGUCAGUGGACUUUCUGGACGCCUAUCCUGGCAUCCUUGACCAGAAGUUUGAGGUCUCCAGUGUUGCCGACUGCUUGGACUCUGCAGUCGCCCUGGCAGCAUACAAGUGGCUGGUUUGCUACCUGCUCCGAGAGACUUAUCAAAAAUUAAACCAAGAGAAAAGAUCAGGAAGCAGUGACUUUGAAGCAAGGAACAAAUGCCAGGUGUCCCACGGCCGUCCGUUGGCGCUGGCCUUCGUGGAGCUCACGGUGGUCCAGAGGUUCCACGAGCACGUGCACCAGCCUUGCGUGCCGCCCUCGCUGCGGGCCGUGCUGGGGCGGCUCAGUGCUCUGUACGCCCUGUGGUCCCUGAGCCGCCACGCGGCCCUGCUCUACCGAGGAGGAUACUUCUCCGGUGAGCAGGCGGGAGAAGUGUUGGAGAGCGCCGUCCUGGCUUUGUGUUCCCAGCUGAAGGACGAUGCAGUUGCCCUGGUAGACGUGAUCGCUCCUCCUGACUUUGUUCUGGACUCACCGAUUGGCAGAGCCGACGGCGAGCUCUACAAAAACCUCUGGGGUGCUGUCCUGCAGGAAAGCAAGGUGUUGGAGCGGGCAUCCUGGUGGCCAGAGUUUUCUGUGAACAAACCUGUCAUAGGAAGUCUGAAAUCGAAGCUCUAGUGGGACUGGCACACAUUCAGCCAAGUCUAAUGAAACGAAGGGAACUAAUCAGACGUGGACCUCAACUUCUGAUUCCAGAACACGCCGGAGAUUGCGGCUGCUUUCUGAGCCCGCCCCUCUGCGCCUAAACUGCUGAUUGGCCUCAACCGCCCAGGCGGACGGGAGGGAGGCGCCCAGCCGGCUGGACUAAUCUGGGAUCGCGGUGAUUUGCAGCGUGGAAAAGAAAUGCAGAUGAUCAUGUCUACCUGAUGCGCUGUGGGUUUUUUGAUAAUUAGAAUUUCGCACAUUCAGUUUUCAGGGUUCAGCUCCUUUCUCUAAAGUAGACAGCCCAUUGUCAGGGAUCUUCUGGUCAGACAACCUGUGAUCCAUCUAGAUUUUUUACCGAGCUCCACUUCAUUGAGAAGUCAAUGAUGCCAGUCUGGUUCUUUGUCAACUCUCCCUCGGCUUUGUCACAUAAUCGAAUUAUGUCACAACCUUAUUAAUUUGCACAUAGAUCAUCUGAAUGUCAUGGUUUAAGACUUAAGGAGGAACAUCUGUUUGAUUGCUUUCUUUUGUGGAACUGGAAAUUUCCAUCGAGGAAAUGUUUUUUUAAAAAGUCUAAUGAUUUGAAUGGGCAAUUCAGUCUCCAACCGCCCCCCUCCCCCUGCCGCCAGUUAUAUACAAAUCACUUUAUUCUUAGCAUGUUUGAUCUGUUUGUCCCUGCAGAGUCUGCCCAGCAAGUCCUUGCACACAUGUGGCCUGUCCCCACGGCGCUGGCCACAGCCUGAUUGCAGCAGACCGGGGCCAUCAGUGCACGCCUCCCCCGGUCACUCCUGCUCCCCGCAGGGCCAUGGGCUUGGCUGCCCUUCCCAGUGUUAGGUUCCCGGAGCAGUGCUCUCUUUGCAUCUGGGUCCUGCUUCUUAACCUCUGAUCAGCUCAGGGCACGGAAGGCCUUCGUCAUCAGUAGCAGGGAAUUGGAUCACUCUGGUGCCCCCUGCCCCCCUGGCCACACUCGUAUCACCACAGCCCAUCAAACAGAUGUAACCCAGCGUGUCUCAGGACGGUGCCGAACCAAAUAAGACCAGUUCUUAUUUUUCCAGGUAGCCCAGAGAACUUUUGAGCGUCUGAAGGGCAUGGUCCAGAAUGUUUUUAAAAACUGAAUUUCCAGCACUGGAAAUCACUUCUCAAGCUCAUUCUCAUGUUAGAAAAGGGGCAGGACACCACCCCCCCCACCACAUCCCGCCCCUCUGGGGCUCCAGGGGCAUCUGAGGGGUAAUUAGUGACUUCUUUGAUGAGCACCUAUCGCCUGCCAGCACCUUGCUGAGCACUCAGGAUUCAUCAUCUCGUGGGACCCUCAGCCAACCGUGUGGGGUGAGUUGUGCCGUUUGCUGCAUCUGCAGAGGAGGAGACUGGUCCCAAUAGGCUGGACACUGCCGCAGGCAGACAGCAGGAGGUGGCCGAGCAGGAUCAGAAACCAUGGGACCUCCCUGGUGCCUGAGUGCCCCAGCACAGGGCUGAGACGCAAUAGGUAGGUGCUGGUAUCCAUUGUCACUCGAACCCAGGAGCAUCCCCACCUGAAUUCAUCUUACUCUGGUUUAGAAGCUUCCUUGGGUUUAAACAAACUCUUCAUGGGUCACAUGUGUUUCGUCUAUGAUACUCUUCCUGCUUGCAGAGAGAAUGGGAAUGAGAGUGCUCAGGCCCUUGGCGAAUUAGAUGGAGCAGUUCCGAGUACAAACCCAGAGAACACGUCAGUGGUGCCUGCCAGUGUCGGAGGGGCUCAUUCCCCACUGAGGCUGCCACCCACAGGCCUCACGGGCCCGGGGUCCCCAGCCCCACUGCCUGGGGGUCCCAGCCCAAGAGCAGUUGGGCCUGGGUGGGCUGUCAACUGGGGUCACGCAGAUUUCCACCAGGGGUCCCCCUCACAGGACGCCUCAGGCCGUGCGUGUGUGGACGGCUCCUUUACCUAGACUGGUAGCUUUUCUAAGCGAGAAGGAACAGGCUCCCAAGUCCUCUGAUGUGCCCGCAGCUGGAUUCUAGGUGGUGGCCAGCCUGAGUUAGAGUCACGGUCACUCCUGCCUCACCGCCCUCCAGAGCAGGCCCCAGCUGUCCUUGUCUCCCGAGUAACAGCUUUGGGCAUCUCCGGAGGGGUUUUCAUGUUUUGCCUUUUUUAUCACUUCGGACCUUGGUUUGUGGUCUAGUCCAGCCUUUGGUCUGAAACUACCUGUUUUUCCACCAGCAGGUCACAGAAGUUGUUCAAGGUCAAGGGUAUGUUCAAGGUUUACAGAAAAAACCACAUUUGACUUCGGUGUCACAUAUGACGGGUUCUCAUGCAGGAGAGCUUUGUGAUGUCACGAUGUCACCAUGUCAGACAGGACGGGUUCUCGUGCAGGAGAGCUCUGCGAUGCCUGUGGCCAUGAUGUUACCAUGUCAGACACAACGGGUUCUUGUGCAGGAGAGCUCUGCGAUGCCACGAUGUCACCAUGUCAGACACGACGGGUUCUCAUGCAGGAGAGCUUUGCAAUGCCACAAUGUCACCAUGUGGUUUGCAUUUUCAUAUCCACCUGUUGGAAAAGUCCUCAUUCCCCACCUGUGGGAGCUGGCACACUUUACUGGCAGUGUUGACAAAAAGCCAAGCUCUGUGAAAUAUUUGAAGAGGUUUAUUCUGAGCCAAAUGUGAAGACUAUGACCUGUGACACAGCCCUGGGAGGUCCUGAGAAUAGCUGCCUAAGAUUGCUGGGUUACAGCCUGAUUUUAUACAUUUUAGGGGGACAGAAGUUAGAGGCAGAGAGGUCAGUCAGUACAUGGAGGGUGCACAUUGGUUCAGCCCAGAAAGGUCUGAAAACAGGCUUCUAGAUAUAGGUGUGUUACAGGAAAAGGGACCCCAUCUGGACCCCAAGAGAGGGUUCUUCGAUCUCAUGCAAGAAAGAAUUCAGGAUGAAUCCAUAGAGUAAAGUGAAAGCAAGUUUAUUAAGAAAGUAAAGGAAUAAAAGAAUGGCUACUCCAUACAGCAGCCCCAAGGGCUGCUGGUUGCCCAUUUUUAUGGUUAUUUCUUGGUGAUAUAAUAAUCAAAGUGUGGAUUCGUGCCUCCCCGUUUUAGACCUUGUAGGGUAACUUCCUGACGUUACCAUGGCGUUUGUAAACCGUCAUGGCGCUGGUGGGAGUGUAGCAGUGAGGGCAACGAGAGGUUACUCUCAUGGCCAUCUUGGUUUUGGUGGGUUUUAGCCGACUUCUUUACUGCAACCCAUUUUAUCAGCAAGGUCUUUAUGACCUGUAUCCUGUGCCGACCUCAUCUCAUCCUGUGACUUAAUGCCUUAAGUGUCUGGGAAUGCAGCCCAGUAGGUCUCAGCCUCAUUUUACCCAGCUCCUAUGCAAGAUGGAGUUGCUCUGGUUCACAUGCCUCUGACAUUUCUCCCCUCCCUUUUUUAAGACAACCUUUAAUCCUAAGGGGUGCAGAGGGAUGAAGAUCCAUCUUCUGUAACUUCUUCAGGGUGAAUAGGGUCCAUGAUACUCCUGCCUAUUAAGGUCUCUUCUGUUCAGGGUAGAGAAGAGCUCAGCCAGAAAGCCUUGGAAUGGUGAGAGCCAUUCAUAACUCUUGAGUUCUCACAAAAGGUGAUAUCUGAAAUAUUAUUAAGUGUUUAAGAAAACAUUCAGUAAGCUUGUCCUAUAUUCCUACACAAAGAGUACAACAGCAAUAUAACAGAAUAAGCAAAGCUAUCCCAAGUGAACUAAAUUAGAAGGCUUUCCAUGAACUGGGCAUGUUGGAACUAAGCUGACAUGGGGCUGUUAGCUGAUUCUAAUGUGCCCAAAAUUAGAAUACUGAUCCAGAUGUUUACAUUACCCAUCCCUCUUGUUUCUUGUGAGCAGCAGCCAGAGAUCACUGGUUGGUUCACAGGAAUAAGCAGGGUUAGCCUAAAUUGCAGAAACAAACUUAAAAACAACGAUGAAACUAGAAUUUAAGAAGUGUAGCAUAGUUCUUGAAACAUAAUUUCUCUCUCUAGUUUCCCAUUUUCCAUUUUUACUAAAAACAAAUCUUGGUAAGACUGAUUUUAUUAUACUUGGCCUGAUUGUAUAAAGUACAGCAAGAAUAAUUAUUUUUCACAUAAGCUCUUUUUAAAUUGGCUUUGAUGGAACUCUGUUCCAUAGAAGGAAUCUCAGAUAAGACUUUUUUAGAGCCAGGCCCUGCCAUGGGUUUGUACCCUCAAAUACCUAUGAGUUGAGUAAAUUCCUCUCCUCUUGAGCCUCAAGAUAGCUUGGGGCUACUGGACCUGUUAGAAAGUGACAUUCUUCACUUACCACAGGUCAGGAACCCCAUACAGGGACUGUGAAUACAAGGUAUGAGGCAUUUCCCCAAGGGGCUUUUAUUGGCUUUACAAGUCAAGUUUGACUCCUUAAUGCAAAGCAUCCCAUUCCAGUUAACGCCUUGGUAAAAUAACCAGUUUUUCCAAUUGUGUCCUGUUACAAAAGAAAUCAGAUGUUUAUUGCACUUAUGCAAAUAACUAUAUUGCCAUUAAAUUAAGAAUACUCACAAAUAGUUUCCAAAUUCUGGAGAAAACGGAGAGAAAUAUGCUCCAAAUUUUGUUCACAGGAGUAUAUUUUACUCAAUUGCUAAAAGCUGUACAUAGCUCAAAAGAAAAGUUUCCUUGACCCUGAAAAACAAAACAAAGGAUCAGCAACAUUUUAAGUAAAGUUAAAAACAUUACUUCAGUUUUUUAUUGGUUCAGUUAAUUUAGUUAACUCCUGUUUUGCUUGAUAUUCGUGAACAUUUCAGCUCUCUAUGAGAGUUCUGAAAGUUUUUCCUCCAUUCUAAUAUCACAAUUUCCAAAGUUAUUAAAAACCUGCAUUUAAGAACACCUGUUAGAGCUCUAUAGUUGGUUAUAAACCACCUUCUAAAAAGGAUUAAAACAAGAUAACAAUUGUCUGUGGAUAACAAAAUAUUUUAGGGCAGCCACAAUCAAAAACAUGAAAUUUGGUUACCUUUGUGGCAUGCAAUGAUUUUAUGUAACAAUUAUAAUUAUUAAUAACAUACAGUAAGUCACAUUAGAAUUAGAGGAUUUUCCCAUACUUUUGGAACAUAUACCAAUAACACAUUUAUACAAAUAACAGCCCAAAGAAAACCAAACACCAUUUCACAUUUGAUAAUGCUUCCUGAGCGAUUUUUGUACCAAAUAAGCCAAAUGUCACUGUUGCAUUAGUGCACUGUUGAUGUCAAAGCCAAUUAAUUCUUAAUGAAAUCUUAUAGACAAAUGUGUUCAAACUUAAUCAGUUUGGCCAUAAGGUAAGUUUCUCAUAAGCCUUUGAUAACCCUUUACACAUUUUUAUUAAAGAGCAGGUCAUAGGCAGGUUUUUGCUCGGAGAAAAAACCUGUUAUGCUUUUAUUCCCAUGUUCAGUUUACAGAAACACUGAAUAAUACCCCUUUAACUUUAGCCCAUUUGUUCACACCCAGAAUUUUUUUACAAGAUUAACUUAUCACAAACCUUCCACAACUUGCUUAAACCUUCAGCUUGAUUCUAAUUUAAAACAAUCCUUUUUUUUUUUUUUUUUUUUUUGACAUAGAGUCUUGCUGUGUCACCCAGGCUGGAGUGCAGUGGCAUGAUCUCAGCUCACUGCGAGCUCCGCCUCCUGGGUUCACGCCUUUCUUCUGCCUCAGCCUCCUGAGUAGCUGGGACUACAGGCGCCCACAACCACGCCUGGCUAAUUUUUUUUUUUGCAUUUUUAGUAGAGACGGGGUUUCACCGUGUUAGCCAGGAUGGUCUUGAUCUCCUGACUUCGUGAUCCGCCCACCUCGGCCUCCCAAACUGCUGGGAUUACAGGCGUGAGCCACCGCGCCCGGCCUAAAACAAUUCUUUAACUCUUUAAUCUAGGUAAGAAAAAUCCACAUUUCCAUGUCUUCUUAUAAUCUUUUACCAAAAGACACAUUUCACUUUUCUUACACAUCUUGCAUGUAAAACUGUUUUUUUUAGCAGCCUUAAUUACAUGUGACGAUGUUAAUUGUUAGUGACUUUUACUCUUGGUGAAAACCUUGGUAAGUUGGGGAUUCUAACUGUGUACCAGGUGUGGAACUUAGCCUAGGACACACCAGGCAGAAGUGCAGAUAAGGGGGCUGACUCCAGCAUAGCUAGGGGUGUGGCUAACUCCACAUGUCCCUGGCCUUAUCUAGAAUCUAAUGCUCCAGAGUAGGAAACUGAAUAAUUUUUAAAAGUCAGGUUGGGCGCAGUGGCUCACCCCUUUAAUCCCAGCACUUUGGGAGGCCAAGGCAGGUGGAUCACAAGGUCAGGAGAUCGAGACCAUCCUGGCUAACACAGUGAAACCCUGUAUCUACUAAAAAUACAAAAAAAUUAGCCAGGCGUGGUGGCGGGUGCCUGUAGUCCCACCUACUCGGGAGGCUGAGGCAGGAGAAUGGCAUGAACCCAGGAGGCGGAGCUUGCAAUGAGCCGGGAUCGCACCACUGCCCUCCAGCCUGGGCAACAGAGUGAAACUCUGUCUCAAAAAAAAAAAAAAAAAAAAAAGUCAAAGAAGCAGUUUAUGACCUUAAAGCAUUUAGCAAACUUAAUAUCUCACCUGCAUAAUUUAGACCAAAUGUUUACAUGUUUGAAGAUAUUUUUAUUUUGCCAAUAAUCUUUAAAACUCCUUAUUUCCCAAAGAUUACUUAAGUCACAUGAACUAAAAGGCAUUACACUUUUUACUUUUCUGACAAAAGAUUUAAGCACUUAUUUUUAAGCCAAUUAGUUAAAGCUCUUUCAUUCAUAAACAUCACACACAUAAUACAUAUAAAUACAUAGAAGAUAAAGAACUUAUUUUCCAAGCCAGGAAUUGAACCCUGAACCUGGGCCACCAUUGUGAAAAGAGAAAGCAUGGCCACAUGGUUACAAGGUCAAGCUCCCAAGAACGUAGAAGACAAGAAGGAAACCUCAUCCAGUUUUUUGAGGGACCUGCAGCAAAGUUUGUAACUGACCAGUUUGCUGAGCUGUCUUGAAAAGCAGGCUUAAAGGUGUCCUAAGUCCGUGCUCUAUCCUAAGGUACUCCUCUUUAUGACAGAGCAAUACAGAAAGACACGCAAAGCACACCAGACCUGGUUGGCUACAGCUUAAGACUAGCCUCACAAAUCCUUUAUUCCAUUAAUCAAAACUUUACAGGAGAUAAAUAAUUAUUUUUACAAUUUAUUCAACCAGUUUGCACAGAGAGAGAAAAGCAUUGCCUGAGGCAGGAUGGGGAAGGCGAGGCGCUCAGGGAGGUCAGAGAAAGACCCAUCCAUUGCAGCAACACUGAAAAGUUUAGGUGGCUGCUUGUCAGUCAUGAAGGGAUCUUUUCCAGCAGUCCCGUCGUCCCCAGUUUCCCCGUUUAAGGAGGAAAAAACUCCCUAAGUCCUACAAUCCUGUACAUGGCUAAUUCUGUCACUCACAGCCAUCAGCAAAGAGUGCAAGGCAGAUUAAUCCCAAGAGAAUAGCAGUUAACAUCCCAUAGUGCCCAACCUGUUCUUAGCCAGAAGGGACUUUACCGAGAGGGACCUUACUGAGAGGGGCCUCUAACCCCCUAAAUCUGAGAAGGGACUCUAACCCUCCUGAGCUGGGCCUCUAACCCAAGGUUGAGCAAGCGUCCUUACCUUUCCUUAAGAGGGCCCCCUAACCCACUGUGUCUUAGGACAGACUCUAACUCCCCUACGUUGGGCCUCUAACCCAAUCCCAUCCUUUACCCAGGUACCCCACCACUUAUUCAAAGUCGGCCAACCAGUGGUGCAGUCUACUUCUUUUGGGUUGAGAGGUCUCCUCAGUAUCAUCCCUUCCAUGAUUCGCCAGAAAGACAUUACCAGACCCUACCACUUACCCAAAGUUACCCUUUGGGUCGGGGGUUUCCACACUACAGUCACUUCUGUGGUCGCCAGAAAGAUGUUACAGGACCCCACCACUUAACCAAAGUAAACCUUUGAGUCAAGGGUUUCCACACUAUGGUUCUUUCCAUGGUCACCAGAAAGAUGUUACAGGAAAGGGGUCCCAAUCCAGACCCCGAGAGAGGGUUCUUGGAUCUCACGCAAGAAAGAAUUCAGUGCAAGUUCAUGAAGUGAAAGCAAGUUUAUUAAGAAAGUAAAGGAAUAAAAAAAGGGCUACUCAUAGACAAAGCAGCCCUGAGAGCUGCUGGUUGCCCGUUUUUAUGGUUAUUUCUUGAUGAUAUGCUAAUCAGGGUGUGGAUUAUUCAUGCCUCCCCUUUUUAGAGCAUAUAGGGUAGCAUCCUGACGUUGCCAUGGCACCUGCAAACUGUCAUGGUGCUGUUGGGAGUGUAGCAGUGAGGAUGACCAGAGGUCACUCUUGUGGCCAUCUUGGUUUUGGUGGGAUUUAGCCAGCUUCCUUAUUGCAGCCUGUUUUAUCAGCAAGGUCUUUAUGACCUGUAUCUUGUGCCGACCUCCUAUCUCAUCCUGUGACUUAGACUACCUAGCCAUCGGGGAAUGCAGCCCAGUAGGUCUCAGCCUCAUUUUACCCAGCUCAUAUUCAAGAUGGAGUUGCUCUGGUUCACACGUCUCUGACAGGUAGAUUCAAAAAUUUCCUGAUUGGCAAUGGGUUGAAAGAGUUAAGCUUUGUCUAAAGAGUUGAACUCAGCUUGAGUUAAGGUGGGGGCGGGGGUGGUUGUGGAAGCCAAGGUUUUUGUUAUGUUGAUGAAGCCUCCGGAUAGCAGGCUUCACAGAGAAUCGAUGUGCAUGUCUCUUAUAGGCCCUUAAAAGGUGUCAGAGUCUCCAGAAAAAGCCUAAUAAGGGAAGCAGAUUCUCUGCAGAAUGCACAUUUCCCCCAUGAGAGACAGCUUUGCAAGGGCCAUUUCAACAUAUGUCAAGGAAAUAUAUUUUGGGGUAAAAUACUUUGAUUCCUUCGGGGCUACUAUGUGUCAUGUGAUGCUAUACCGGAGUCCCGUUGAAUUGGGUAUCUUAUUGCUACAGAGAGUCUGUUUUGUCAGUCUAGGAUCUCUGUUUUUAUUUUAAUGUUGGUCAGUUGUGUCUAAAUUCCAGAGUGGGGCAGGUAUAAUGGGGCAUCCCCAACCCUCCUUCCCAUUCAUGGCCUGAACUGGUUUUUCAGGUUUCUUUGGGUCCCGGUGGCUGUAAGGGGAUGCACUCAGUUGGCUGGGGGACUUAGAAUUUUAGUUUUGGUUUACAGCAGGAUUUGAUGGGCAUGCAUAUUUAUCAAUGUGAAAGUGUUGUCUGUGGGCGGCGGAGGGCUUGGGCCGUGUCCAGGCCACGCACUGCAAGGGUGCAGCCCCCACACACGGUCCCUGCUCCUAAAGCUGUUGCCCCCACUGCAAGAGUGGAGUAGGUUGAGGUGUAGCCAUGACAUUCUAGAAACUACAUUUUUUGUAAUAGUCAUUUUGAAAAUAAAACAUUUGAAAAUACUGUGCAGCAAAAACUUGAAUAGUUGGAAUAAAAAUGUUCAGUUUAAUGUCA